AUGGGCAGUUAUUUGUCGUGCGCUUCAUCCAUUCUGCCGUCCGACACUGUUAAAGUUGUUUUGGUAGAUGGAAGCGUUAAAGAGUUUGAGAGAGGAGCAAAAGUUGCAGAAGUGAUGCUGGAAAAUCCUCACCAUUUUGUGUGCAACAGGAAUUGUUUAGAGGUGGGCCGUCGCAUCGAACCGCUGUCAGCAGACUACGAUUUACAAGUGAAAGAAAGAUAUGUUGUGUUUCCCAUCUCCAAAUUACGCUCUGCGCUUUCGCCUUCGGAUAUGGUCUCAUCUACAAACAAAACUUCUCACAACUUGUCGCCAAACAAUAAAAUUUGUCAUUCCGACAAAAUAGAGGAGUUUUCAGUGCAACCGAAGAUGAAUUUGGAGGAGUUUGAGGAGGUUAAAUGCAGAUUAUACAGGGUUUCGUGGAAGCCAAAGUUAGAGAGCAUAAGGGAAUUCCAUGUCAGGGGAUAA